GCCACCGCGCGUUACCGUCAGCUGGGCGUCGAGUUUUAAGGGAGAGUUGAAUGAACUGAUAACUAAAACACGCUUUUAUUAUUAUUCAACUUAUAACGUCACCGACUGCUGUCUAACAGAAGAGGAGCAGCGCGGUGCACGGAGCCCCCUCUGACUGUUGGAAGCUGACCGAUAUGUGCACCGAGAGAUGAGAUGAUAUGGCAGAAUUGCGUGCAAAUGUUACAACGAGGCAAUAAUAGGCGAAGGCAGGAAAUUGGAGGAAAGCUGAAAACAUAAGGCUUUGCUACACCAGCAGCUUGUGUGUGUGUGUGUGUGUGUGUGUGUGUGUGUGUGCUCGAAAGUGCCUAUGGCGGAGUUUGAGGAGGACGGCAGCCGCCUGCCUCCAUUGAAUCUUGGGGAUACGGCCGUGCACGGCGACGGAGACGCUGGCAAGACGCAUUGCGAAGUGUCGGUCUCGAAUGGAGACUGUGGGAUAUCGGACAAUAUGGUCGGUUCGGGAUCCUUCGUCGCACCUGGCAGCCAAGCCGGGGUGGACACCGCCAACACCUCUGUUGGAUCGGAUGCCAAAUGUGAAAUACCACGCAGGAGCAGCAUUAUCAAGGAUGGCUCAAGACAGCGUAAAGAAAGAAAGAAGACUGUGUCAUUCAGCAGCAUGCCCACAGAGAAGAAAAUUAGCAGUGCGAGCGACUGCAUCAAUGCAAUGGUGGAUGGCUCCGAGCUGAAGAAAGUGCGAUCCAAUUCCCGCAUCUACCACCGCUACUUUCUCCUGGAUGCCGACAUGCAGUCUUUGAGAUGGGAGCCUACAAAGAAGGAAUCAGAAAAGGCCAAAAUUGAUGUGAAAUCCAUCAAGGAGUUGCGGACGGGCAAAAACACGGACACUUUUAGGACUAACGGAACCUACGAUCAGAUAUCAGAGGACUGUGCCUUCUCAAUCAUCUUUGGGGAGAACUACGAGUCCCUGGACUUGGUGGCAAACACUGCAGAUGUAGCCAACAUUUGGGUGACAGGGCUGAGGUACCUGAUCUCCUAUGGGAAACACACCUUGAAUAUGAUAGAAAGCACUCAGAACAACAUGCGCUCAUCUUGGCUCGGUGAACUUUUCGAUGAGGCAGACUGUAGUAACAGCAGACGAAUCACGAUAUGUGCUGCUGUGCAGCUAGUCAAGAAGUUGAACCCUGGACUUAAAAAUGUGAAAAUGGAACUGAAGUUCAAAGAGCUUCACAAAGCCAAGGACAAAGUAGGGUCUGAUGUGUCAAAGGAUGAGUUCAUUGAGGUCUUUCAUGAUCUUUGCACCAGACCAGAAAUUUAUUUUCUCUUUGUUCAGUUCUCCAGCAACAAAGAAUUUCUGGACACCAAGGACUUAAUGAUCUUUCUGGAGGCAGAGCAGGGUAUGGCACAAGUCAGUGAAGACACCAGCUUAGAGGUCAUUCAGAAAUAUGAACCGUCUAAAGAGGGCCAGCUUAAGGGUUGGCUUUCUCUAGAUGGGUUCACCAACUAUCUUAUGUCUCCAGAGUGCCAUAUAUUUGACCCUGAGCAGAAAACUGUUUGGCAAGACAUGAACCAGCCCUUGUCCCACUAUUACAUCAAUGCAUCCCACAACACAUAUCUGAUAGAGGAUCAGUUCAGAGGUCCCUCUGAUGUCACAGGGUAUAUCCGCGCCCUCAAGAUGGGCUGCCGCAGUGUGGAGCUGGAUGUUUGGGACGGGCCUGAUAACGAACCUGUUAUUUACACUGGUCACACGAUGACAUCGCAGAUAAUUUUCCGCAGCGUCAUCGAUGUCCUCAACAAAUAUGCCUUUGUUGCAUCCGAGUUUCCACUGCUGCUGUGUUUAGAAAACCAUUGCUCCUUAAAGCAGCAGAGAGUCAUGUUUCAGCACCUAAAGAAGAUCCUCGGAGACAAGAUCCACAUGGAUCCUCCAAAACCUGAGGACUGUUACCUGCCCUCGCCCUUAGAACUGAAGGGAAAGAUCCUGCUGAAGGGUAAGAAACUGAGCACCAACUGCACUGCUUCAGAAGGCGAGGUGACGGACGAGGACGAGGGGGCCGAAAUGUCUCAAAGGAUGAGCAUCGAGUCUGCGGAGCAACAGACUGUCGCGCCCAAAAAAUUCCAGCUGUCGAAGGACCUCUCUGAUCUGGUGACCUUGUGCAAGUCUGUGGAGUUCAAAGAUUUCCCAGCAUCCUUCCAGAGCCAGAAGCAAUGGGAGCUUUGCUCUUUCAACGAGGUCUUUGCCAGUCGCUGCGCUAGCGACUUCCCGGGUGACUUUGUUAACUACAACAAGAAGUACCUUGCGCGGGUUUACCCUAGCCCCAUGCGGAUCGACUCCAGCAACAUGAAUCCACAAGAUUUCUGGAAGUGUGGUUGCCAGAUCGUGGCAAUGAACUACCAGACUCCCGGCCUGAUGAUGGAUUUAAACAUCGGUUGGUUCCGUCAGAAUGGGAACUGCGGCUACGUGCUGCGUCCGGCCAUCAUGAGGGAGCACGUGUCAUAUUUCAGCGCCAACACUAAAGAUUCAGUGCCUGGUGUUUCUCCACAGCUCUUGCACAUCAAGAUCAUCAGUGGACAAAACUUCCCCAAACCCAAAGGCUCAGGUGCCAAAGGAGACGUGGUCGACCCCUAUGUGUACGUAGAAAUACACGGCAUUCCUGCUGACUGCGCUGAACAAAGGACUAAAACGGUCAAUCAAAAUGGGGACAACCCUCUGUUUGAUGAGAGCUUUGAGUUUCAGAUAAAUCUCCCCGAGCUUGCAAUGGUGCGCUUUGUGGUGCUAGACGAUGACUACAUUGGUGAUGAAUUCAUCGGCCAAUAUACGAUUCCCUUUGAGUGUCUCCAGCCGGGUUUUCGACAUGUACCGCUGCAAUCACUGACGGGGGAGGUUCUGCCACACACCUGGCUGUUUGUUCAUGUGGCCAUAACCAAUCGAAGAGGAGGCGGCAAACCACACAAAAGGGGACUGUCUGUACGAAAGGGCAAGAGGAGUAGAGAGUACGCCAGCAUGAGAGUACUAUUGAUCAAGGCUGUGGAUGAUGUCUUCAAAACAGCCAUGCUGCCACUGAGGGAGGCAACAGAUCUCAGAGAAAACAUGCAGAAUGCCAUCGUGUCCUUUAAAGAGCUGUGCGGCCUUUCAGCAGUGGCUAACCUGAAGCAGUGCAUCUUGGCCCUUUCCCCUCGACUGACCGGACCCGAGAACAGCCCCCUCCUGCUGUUCAACCUCGUUGGCCAGUACCCGAACUUGGAGCCCCAGGGCCUGCUCCCAGAGGUCCUCAAGAAAGUCGUCACCACCUACGACAUGGUGAUCCAAAGCAGCAAGACUCUGCUGGAGAGCUACGACGGGGUGUACGAGAGAAUUCUGCAAACCCAAAAAGCAGCGAUGGAAUCUCACGAGAACCUCCACGACUUGGCCGUGAAGGAGGGGCUGAAGGGCAGGAAGCUGCAGAAGGCGGUGGAGAGCUUCACGUGGAACAUCACCAUCCUGAAGGGUCAGGCAGACCUGCUGAAGCACGCCAGGAGUGAAGUCCAGGAGAACCUGAAGCAGAUCCACUACGCUGCUCUCACCAGUAACCUGAGUAAAGGCGGAGCAUCGGGCGGCUCCUCCGGCUCCGAGUCCAAGAGCAGACGCAGCCUGGAGGCCAUUGCUGAGAAGGCCACGGUGGAGGAGGAGGAGCUCACCGAUGAGGACAGCUAGAGACCCACAGACCUGCUCCAGAUCUGCUCCGGUCACCCAUAUUCAGACCUCUACUCUCUUCCUGCCUCCUGAGCUCACAACCCGAAAGCUCCCGCUCUGCUUUACCCCUCUCUGGCAUCACCGCUCUGCACACACACACACACACACACACCAGUGUUUUUCCACAUUCCAUCGUGUACAUUCCUGUAUCACCGAGCACAGCUGUAACCUCUCAGACUUCUUGCCUUGUAAUCAUCAAUAAAGAUGCCACAACGACUCCAGGACACACACAUCCUGCCCAAGUUCACGUCGCAGUCUUCUCAAAUGUUUAGGAGCUGUACUGAAGCUGGAGAAGCACCAAACAUUUGCCGUGCAUCUGAUGCUGCCUCGCCGUUAAGUGCACAUGUGAACACAUACCAAACCUUUAUCAAAGUGCCAGACAUAGAUCCUAACCCCCCCCCCCCCAGCAUAAAGCUCCUGAACCUCUUCAUCUGUAGCCCCGCCUUCAUUCCUCUCACCCGUUCUCAUAGUGAACUACCGGCCACGAGAUCAUUCAAGACAUUACUGUUCAGAGACACUUCUACUCAGUGGACCGGGGGGGACAUAAAAAAGAAAAGAGCCCUUGGAUUAUUGUAAAGGAUUUCCUAAAGCACAAUUUUUUUGGAGAUAUGAAUGUAACAAGACAGAGGAAGCGAAAGAAGGAAAGGAAAAGAGGACGAAAGUGUCAUGAAUGAGAGUAAAGAGCUGUUUACAAUACUGAACUUGUCCAUGUUCUUGUCUGCCAAAAUACUAUACUAUGUGUGUAUAUAUGGAGUUUCCUGUUACAUCUUUUUCUGCAGAGUGCAUCAUUUUAUUAUUGUAUACUUGGAAAUAUAAGAUUUAUUUUAUAAAAAGAUAUAUGAACAGUGAACGUUUUAUUUGUCCGUAGAUAACGAGGCUCGUCACUACAAAGAAAAGAAGUGACCUCGGAGUUCUGAGAGUGUCGAGACAGAAGGACUAAUAAUAGAACGUAUUCAUAGUGUUUGUGGUGCAAACAACAGCAGAGUCUCAACAACCAGCAGCUGCAUGAGAAAGAACCACAACGUGCACUCAAAGACAGCGCGACACGCCUUCAUACUUCAGCAUUGCACUCGGGGGAAUAUGUUCGGUCUUUCUUUUUUGGGGCCAUGGUUCUCCCAUGUUUAGCAAAAUCCACUCUUAUGCUCCCAUUGUUCUCCCGAUGUCAAAAGGUAUUUUAAAAUCACUUUUAGUAGUCUGCAACCCAUAAAAGGUGCCAGAUUUUAGAUUUUAUUUUUCCUGGUGUGCGCUCAACCAACUCCAUUAUUUAAAACAAGCCCAAUGAGAACUGUUCCCUCUCUUGUAAUCAUUUGGUUCUCUUACUGAGCAGCCUGAUUGAAGGAAACCGACAUCAUGUGACUGGGUUACAGACUUUGAAUGGGAGGUCAUGCACAAAAGCAAAGAGCAGUUUAAGCUAUUUAAAGAUGUGUUUCUCUGUCCAACACUCGUGGGAUUUGCUGUGUUUCAUCUUGCAGUGAGUCACUGUUCAAUGCAGAGUUAGUGUUGGUAGAUCUGGUCUGGAGGAACCACUGUGGAGGUCCCGAAUGUCCCGAAAUGCUUUGAUAACCCUUUGUAAGAAUUUAAACUCAGGUCUGUUGAGAAGAUGGUUGAGAAGGACUUCAGAGUAAUAAUGACAUCAUAACCAUCUAUGUUGAUAAAGUAGAACCUGAUCCAAAGCUCCCCUGUGAUUUAAUUGCACCACGUUACUGUUAACUGAAACAUCGUUUUUUGUCUUUUCCCCCACAUGUUACUUCAAUAGUGCUCAAGCUUGCUAUUCAUUUGACAGUCCAUGUAUUUCUCUUUUAUUUUAAAUAUAGAAGAAAAGUUCUGCUUACAAUAAGACAGAGGAUGCUUCAGAAUGAUCAGUGUAUGACAUGUUGACAUGAUGCACACUCAGUUACUUUAUUAAGUACACCUGGCUAAACUUAAUCCAGUCUAAUACAGCAGCUCUGUGAUCAAUAAAGGUUGUAAUGUCCGUGUAUUUUGAUAAAUGCUUCGAGGAGAUGUCGAUGCAAGUUUUUUGGCCAUUUGGAGGCUGUUUGUUGUGCUGUUAAGUUCUAUCACAUUAUACUUUUUACAAUGUAUUUUGUCCCCAUUUAUAUCUAUGAGGGUAGUUUAAACUUUUUUCAUUAUAACCAAAUAUAAUUCAACAGCACCUCAAAAAGUAGCCUCCAAAUUGACCAUUAAUGUCCAUUAAAUGAAUCCAUUGUAGAACUGUUGUAUGAGGCUACAUUAGCUUGGUGUACCUAAUAAACUGGCUUAUGUGGGCUUAAAAGAAGUAGGGCUCAAAUGUUAUCAAGAAAACAUCAAAUAGCAUUAUUUCCUAUAAACUAGAGGCCUGUGUUUGUGCUCUACAUAGUAUUGAUGAAUGUACAACCAAUCAAGUUAGCGUAGUGUUGAUGUUGACCGCUGUAGCUGCCUGGAAUAACCACUGGUUUUAAGGUGCUUGUCAGCAAUAAUAAUAUGUUUUAUUACGAGCUGCAUCUUUAGAAUUGAAAAAGAUUCUGCUCUAUACAGAAGCUACAACCCCCCGUACAGAGGUAGAGACUCAGAUAAAGCUGACUCAAGUCUGUCAACAUUAGCGGCCAAGUCUUACCUUUAACUAGAGCUGGGAGAUAAAUCGAUUGUUCAGCAAACUCUGGCUAAAAAUCCCACUAAAAAUGUCUGUAAAGGUCUUUAACCACGAAGAGAAGAACACAAGCACAAAUAACACACAUUUAUUUAGUGUGUGUGUGUGUGUCUGUUAUUUAUUCCUUAAAAAGCGAAGUUUGGUGAAAGUUCAUAAUUCUCUUUUCUUCUGUGAGCCGACUUUGCUUUUCAGAAAAAAACCAUCAAAUCGUAAAUUGGACGUGAAGAAAUAAGAUUUACAUUCUAUCGCCUCGUCCUACCUUCAAUUAGUUCCAUGGAUUUUUAGGGAGGCAUGUGCUUUAUAUUACUUCAGCCAAAAUAUUGAUCACCAGCAAGAAAUCAAUAACUUGAAUUCACCAACAAAUUUCCAAACAUACAGUAAUCGCUGUCGACACACGAGCUGGACUGUUAAAUGAAGCCAGAGCUUCUUUUUAUUUCACCCCUCAGUGUUCACCAUGUUGGAUUUUAAAACUGUUCACACGACAAGAACAACAAUGUCUCUGAGUUUCAGUGCUGUGCCAGUCGGCAUAUUUCUAAUUGUUGUUGAGAGGAUGAAAAAAGAGAAACAUUUCACAUGUACUCCAGUCUCAAGUCGUCAUUUGUCAAGUCCCAAAAAAAUAAAUAAACAGCGUUGGAUAGA